AUGAAAGAUGGUUUCGGCUACGUAAAUGUAUCCUCCUCGGGAUCGAUGAUUACAUUAAGACGAAAAAAAGGACCUCGCAAUCCAUGGGGAACCGAAAUUGAAGAGAUUCAAAUGAGAAGUGAGAGCAUCGGAAAAACACUAAACGUGAAAAUAUUCGUGGAGGGACGAUUCGAACCGCCUGUGGAGCUGCCACGGGAUCCGUCUGAAUCCGAGGAUAGUUUGGAGCUUGAAACUGGAGUGACAAAGAAAGGAGGUCUCUUCUAUUUUGUAGUAAAAAGGAUGUCUACAGGAACAGAGCUUUUCAACACUUCAGUCGGUGGGCUUAUAUUCUCCGAUAAAUUCAUACAAGUGGUCACGAAGCUGCCUUCACAAAACAUGUAUGGGUUGGGGGAACACGUUCAUCCAAAUUUAAAGCAUGAAUUCUCCUCAUAUCGAACAUGGCCAAUGUAUGCAAGAGACGAGUUUCCCAACGCUAGAAAUCUUGGACACAAAAAAUCUUUACGGUAA